AUGAGCUGGGCUAAGAAAUACCUGUUUUGGAUCUUCAAGGGGUCCAAAAAGUCCAUUGUUGAUCAACUAGAGGACAUUGAUGAUGAAAUUUUGGAACUGGAAAGUGAUCGGUCUAACAGUAUAGACUCAGAAAAACAAUUCGUUUUCCGACUUAUUUUCUACUCAUUCAUAUUCUUUGGCUUGAGUUUUAUAACAGUUUAUUACUACUACUGGCCAAGUACAGUAGCUGGAAAGGUGGUGAUAUCUAUGAUAUUUGCUGUAUAUCCUUUUUGUGUAUAUUUCCUGAAGUAUAUCUUUCGGAUUAUGUUCACUAGACGCGUAAAUAAGACGAAUGAAAAACUAAAAAAGCUCCGAGCUGAUAAACAGAAAUUGUUAGAAGAGGUGAUGGAAAAGGAGACGUUCAACAAGGCCCAACAAAUCCUCAAACGUUUUGAUCCAUUAACAUUUGCUUCUAUAGCUGUUGAGGAAAAGAAGACCCCCAAACCGGUUUUCGGGUCGAUGAUUAACCUCGUUACUCCACAUUCUGAAGUACGCCGUAGAAAUAAUUCGGGGGAUAAACAUUUAACUCCAGGAUUGUUAGGUUCAAGUUUAACUGCACAGUCGAGUACCCCUAUGGUCGGGAGUAAUCAAACAUUGUAUUCUAAAAAACCGCGGUUAUUACGACCGCUUUUACCUAGAGAACGUUCAAUUAUUGAUAAAGUUUUAGAUGCAUUAGUUGGUGAUGGUCCCGAUAAACGAUUUGCACUAAUUUGUAAUGAAUGUUCAUCACACAAUGGAAUGGCACUACAGGAAGAAUUUGAAUAUUUAGCAUUUCGAUGUUGUUAUUGUAAUCAUUUUAAUCCAGCACGUAGUACACGAUUGAAGACAGGAUUAUCAACAGAAAAUAUAGAGAAUACAAAUGAUUUGUUAAAUAAUUCAAAAACAACACCUUCUUUACUAUCAACUAAAUCAAAUCUUAAAAGAAUGAAUGAAGCAAUUCAAAGAAGUUCAAAAACUAAUUUAUAUAGUCAUGAUAGUGAUGAUAAUGAUAGUGUUCUUGGUAAUAAUGAAACUGUGGUUUGUGAUUCUCAUGAAAUCUCAAUUAAUACAUUUAAUGAACAAUUGAAUUUAAAAGAUAGCGCUGAUGUGGAUAAGUUUAGAGAAUCCAUGGAAUAA